UGUCGGUCAGACCCGCCUGUGCGAAUAAGUUAAUAGACUACAUCCUAGGGGGAGUUUCCAGUGGGGAGGAGAGCGCGGAUGAUGAGGAAGACUGGGAGGAUGAUGACGAUGGGUUCGAUAGCGAAGAGGAGCUCCCCUCGGAUUCAGACGCCGGUAGCCAGGGCGGGGAGAGGCUUCACCUCUGGAAUUCCUUCUACAGUUUGGACCCGUACAACCCUCAGAACUUCACCGCCACCAUUCAGACAUCGUCCUGCGAUCCGGCAAGGGACAUGUCGGAUGUGGAAGGGGAGGAAGAUGACGAUUCUUCGUCGGUAGAGGAGUCCUCCGGCUCUCCUCACCCUAGUUCUGAGGAGGAGGAGGAGGAGGAGUGGGACUGUAGCAGUGCGGAUGAGGCAGAAAACUUGAAACUUUGGAACUCGUUCUGUACCUCAGAUGAUCCGUAUAAUCCUUUAAACUUCAAGGCAGCCUUUCAGACGGCAGAGAAGAAAGGGACGCCUGGUUCAAAGGGAGCAGAGAGGCCGAGUUUGGUCACGUCUGAGUGCAGUCCCUUAGGUAGCUGUCGGGGGCAGGUGGAGAAGCGUGACUGUGGGGGCAGGGUGCUGCAUGGCAUUCUUUCUGCUGAGAAAUGGCCACGUUCCAAGCGGAAAAAGGUGACCUUCCUUGAGGAAGUUACUGAGUAUUACAUAAGCAGCGAGGAGGAUCGUAAAGGACCCUGGGAAGAGAUUGCACGGGAUGGAUGCAGGUUCCAGAAACGGAUCCAGGAAACAGAGGAAGUGAUAGGAUACUGCUUCACAGCAGAGCAUAGGCAGAGAGUAUUCCAUAGGCUCCAAGAAACCUACUACAAGAGGCUUGAUCUCUUCUAG